AAGAAAGGAAAAAGAAGAAAAAAAUCGAGAAAGUCAAUUUUCAAUCGAGUGACAAAAAUUAUUAUAUCUAUCUAUAUUAAUUCGUAAUAAUAGUCACUUUUAUCAGUGCAAUAAAAAAUCACUGAUUUAUUGCUUUCAAUUUGCCUGAAUCAGUAUUAUCUUUUUGAAAAGUAUUUGUAGUUGAAUUAUCAUUCGAUUAUUAAAUAUCGCCACCGAGAGAUCGGAUAUUAAAUCAAUCAUAAAUUCAUGCGCACGCUUAUUGUUAAGUCCAUGCGUUUAACUGGAAUCUAGUUCGAAAAAAAAAAAAAAAAGAAGAGAAAAGAAAGAAAAAAAAAAUAAAGGAAAAAAAAGAAGAAGAAGAAGAAGAAGAAGAAAAAAGAGACAAGAAAGAAAAAAACGUGAAAGAUCCAAUAUAUGCGCUAGUAUAGAAAUUGCAGACUUCUUGAAUAAACACACCGGGUAUGUCAUCUAUUUCUUAACAACUCUUAGGUACAUAUGAUCGGUAUGAUCUUUUAGUAGUCCUCGUAUCUAUCUACCUGUCAAAUGAAGAUGUAAAUGAGAAAGAAUGAGUGUGUGAAGUUUAAAAGACUCUUUUUAACAUACGGUAAUGCAAUCGAUGCAAUUUAUCCGAUUAACUCGGAAAAUUAGGCAAAGGUAGAAAGAAACCUUUCAAGUGAUUGAGAGAGUUCUAGUAUCUAUCGGUUAAAUACAGUUAUGGCUCUUCGUAAAGUAAAAGGAAAUUUCGAACGAAUGUUCGACAAAAAUUUGACGGAUUUAGUGCGUGGCAUUAGAAAUAACAAAGAGAACGAGGCAAAAUAUAUUGCACAAUGUAUAGAAGAAAUCAAACAAGAAUUGCGCCAGGAUAAUAUUGCAGUAAAGGCAAAUGCAGUUGCUAAGUUAACAUAUUUGCAAAUGUUAGGAUAUGACAUUAGUUGGGCCGGAUUUAAUAUAAUUGAGGUCAUGUCAUCUGCCAAAUUCACUUAUAAACGUAUAGGAUAUUUAGCUGGUAGUCAAAGCUUCCAUGCAGAUACAGAGCUUUUGAUGUUGACCACAAACAUGAUACGCAAAGAUUUAAAUAGUCAAAAUCAAUAUGAUGCUGGAUUGGCUCUUAGUGGUUUAUCUUGCUUUAUAAGUCCAGAUCUGGCACGUGAUUUAGUUAAUGACAUAAUGACUUUGUUAACAUCUACAAAGCCAUAUUUACGCAAGAAAGCAGUUUUAAUGAUGUACAAGGUGUUCUUGCGAUUUCCAGAAGCAUUAAGGCCUGCUUUUCCUAGAUUGAAAGAAAAACUUGAAGAUCCAGACAGUGGCGUACAGUCUGCAGCUGUCAAUGUAGUUUGUGAGUUGGCAAGAAAGAAUCCAAAAAAUUAUUUAAGUUUGGCACCUGUUUUUUUCAAAUUAAUGACAACAUCGACUAACAAUUGGAUGCUCAUAAAAAUCAUCAAAUUGUUCUCCACUAUAACACUGAUUGAGCCGAAAAUGGGUCGGCGACUUACUCAACCACUAAUUGACCUGAUUUCAAGUACAUCUGCUAUGUCUUUGCUGUAUGAGUGCAUCAACACUGUAAUAGCUGUAUUAAUUUCUAUAUCAUCUGGUAUGCCAAAUCAUUCAGAUUCAAUACAACUGUGUGUGCAGAAAUUAAGAAUAUUAAUAGAGGAUUCGGAUCAAAAUUUAAAGUACUUGGGCUUGUUAGCAAUGUCAAAAAUAUUAAGGACACAUCCUAAAAGUGUACAAGCUCAUAAAGAUCUUAUUAUGCAAUGUCUCGAUGACAAAGAUGAAAGUAUAAGAUUGCGUGCCUUGGAUUUAUUAUAUGGAAUGGUAUCAAAAAAGAAUUUAAUGGAAAUAGUUAAAAAAUUAAUGGUGCAUAUGGACAAAGCUGAAGGCACUACAUACAGAGAUGAAUUACUUUCAAAGAUCAUACAAAUUUGUUCUCAAAAUAAUUACCAAUUUAUAACAUAUUUUGAAUGGUACAUAUCUGUAUUGGUGGAACUCACACGAAUGGAAGGCACCAAGCAUGGACCAUUAGUAGCCACUCAAUUACUUGAUGUAGCAAUCCGGGUACAAGCUAUACGUAAAUAUGCAGUUCACCAAUGUGCCUUACUGCUUGAAAAUUCAUAUCUUUUAACUGGUCAACCACGAGCUACUAUGUCUGAAGUUUUAUAUGCAGCUGCUUGGAUAUGUGGAGAAUUUUCUAGUGAACUAGAAGAUCCUUUGGCAACAUUACAAUCAAUGUUGCGAUCGCAAGCAUCCAGUUUGCCAGGACAUAUUCAAGCAGUUUAUGUGCAUAAUAUUUUAAAACUUGCUGCAGCAAUAUUAUAUAAAGCAGAGAAAGAAGGUGACAAUGAAACGAUGGAACAAAUUUUUGCAUUGAAAGAUAAAAUAGCGGCAUUUGUGUGCAGUGGUGACUUAGAAGUUCAAGAGAGAUCUAGUUCUGCAUUGGUUAUAUUUGAAUGCUUGAAAGAAAAUCCUGGCUUGGCUGAAGAAUUAAUGGAAGCCUUUGAAGGUGAACUUAAUCCUGUUGCUCCUAAAGCUCAAAGAAAGGUACCUAUACCUGAUGAUUUAGAUCUAGAUUCGUGGAUCAAUGAUCCACCCUCGGAAAGCUCUGAUUCCGAGGAUAUGGACAUGAACGAAAUCUUUGUGAAAUCAGAGAAGUCUAAUAAUUCUUUCAUGAAACGAGAAACUAACGAACCUACGGUAGAAGAACUUCAAAAGAGAAGAGAGGCUAGAAAAUUGGAACAACAAAAUAAUCCUCAUUAUUUGAAAGGAUCAUUUAAGAAUUCCACAUCAUAUCAUAAUUCAACAAAUUUUUAUGAAGACUUUGAGAACAUUCCAGUUGCUGAAUUAGACAUACCAGUGUCUCUAAAAAUAUCGAAUUAUUCUAAUUCUAGUAAAUAUCACAAUAUGAGUGUGGAUAAUAAUUACAAGAGACAUAAAAAACAUGGCAAGAAAAAGAAAUCGAAAAAAAAUAAACAAUCGGCAUCAGAAGAUGAAAGGGAAGAAGAUUAUCCUACACAAGUUAUAAAUACAGGUAUUGGUGAACUUCCACCAGGGGCAGAAAUAAGUGAUAGCGAUGAUUAUGAUAUGAUCGAUGCAAAUGAUCCACAUCGAGCUUUAAAUAUUGAUUUAGACAUGCCUUUGCGGGAGGACGAAAGAUUACCGGUUUUGGAACACAGAGUAGUAGAGAAUAGUCCAAAUCAGAAAGUUACAGAGGUAAAGACAAUAAAAAAAGAUAAGGGUCAUAGAAAAACAAAAAGAAAGAGUAAAUGUGUUCAAGAAAAACAGGCUGAUAAUCAAAUAAGUAUGACUGAUAUGUGGUUAGAAGAUAAUACUGAAGAAGCAGGUUCUUCCUCUAUUCAAGAUUACGCAGAAGUGAAUAGUAAAAAAAAUGUAGAUAUACGAAAAGAUAGUAAGAGAAAAAAAUCUAAGAGUCAGGAGAAACAUAAAAAAGUGAAGGAAGUCGAUACCAAACAUAAAAAAUCAAAAAAAUCAAAAAGUAAGAAAGAGAAGAAGUCGUCGGAUUAUGAAGAAACAGCUGGUAUAUCUACGCCCUCCAAAGAAAUAUUGCCAGAGUUAAGGAAUGACUUAGUUAUUACUGAAAAUAGUUUGAAUUCUAUUCAACCAUUGAUCGCGUAUGAUGAAUUAUCUAAGAAUAAAACUAUUUCUAUGAUGUAUGAAUUAAAGCAAAUUGCAGAUGACACUAGUAAAAUAAUUGUAUCAAUACUCAUUACUAAUAUAGGUCAAAAGCUCGUAAAAGAAAUAAGGUUCGAUAUUACGGAUACGUCAACAUUGAAAUUAAUGAAAAAUAAUGGCGAUGAAUAUGGAAUGAAAUUGCCAUUCCAACUACCUCCACAAUCCAGUAAAGAAACUCAAUUUACCAUAUUAAUAUCCGAUGUAACGUUCGCUCAAAAAUUGAGAGGGACAUUGACGUAUAUGCUUGAAAAUAUGGAAGGAACAAUCCAAGAAAAACUCGACUUUACUAUAAAUUUAUCGUGUAGUAAAUUUAUGGUUGGACAUUUGUCUCAUAAAGAUAUAUUAACGGAGUUGCUUAAAAGUGGUCAACUAGUAUCUAGAAUAAAAAAAGAAAUCGUCCCGUCUCAGGAAUUUAAUGCAGUUUUAAAUACUGUCUGUUGCAAAUGCAAUCUCACACUCGUGGAACAAAUAAAUAAUACCGCAUCUUUGUAUGGUCAUUCGUUGAAAGGACAUCAUGUGUGCCUUUUAUUAAAAUAUAAUAAAUCGACAGGUAAUUUGUUGAUCGAAGGUAAAGGUGACAAUAACUCUCUCCUGUCAGGAAUUGCGGAAGAGAUAUCAAGGCUUCUGACAUAAAAGAAAGUGUACCUAUGUUUUAAAAAAAAAAAAAAAAAAAAUCUAAUGAUUCCUAUCAUUCAUUACAGUCAUAUUCAACAAACCUUUACAUUCAGCGAAGAAAUAUUUUCCAGAAUCUGUUAUGUAUGAGAUAAUGAUUAUAGGAAACUCGCCUGCUAAUUCAUUAAUCAUUACAUAUUUUUAGAUGGAGUUCUUAUCUAAGCACUGUAUAAUUUAGAUCAUAAAAUUUGUUAAAUAUACAUACAUAUAUAAGAGUUAUACAUAUGUAUACAUAUAUACAUGGAUAAAUACAUACAAUAUACAUGUAUAUGUGGGUUAUCAGGAUUCUAAACAAACAAACAAACAAAAAAAGAAAAACAAAAAAAAAAAAAAAAGAAAAAAGAAAGAAAAGAAAAAGAAAAAAAAAAAAGAGAGAGAAACAUUUAUUCACAAAUUAAAAAGACAUCGAUACAAAAAGUAGGGAAUAAUUGAAAUAAAUUUAUAUUAUUUCGGAGUCGCCUACUUUUUGUGCUGCUGCCUCGUUUUAUAGAGUAAAUUUAUUUUAAAAAUUCGAAGAAGAGAAAAAAGAUUAAAAAAGGAAAAAAAAAAAUGGAAAGAAACAAUUUGGUAUCUUGUAAAAACUAUAAGAUAUCAUCUCUAUCGUCUAUAUUGUCAUGUUACAUCUCAUUUAUGAGAAUGUGUAUAAAUAUAAUAAUAUUAUUUAGUGGCGAUAACUAUACCAUUUCUGCAUGCGAUAUUACGUUUAUAAUAAUAUUAUAAUAUUAAUAUUUUCAUAUACAUCUAAAUCACAUCUUAAACAAUUUAUAUUAAAAUGUAAGUGAAAAGAAAAAAACAAUGUAAAUAGCUUUGUGCCUGUAAUCUAUGCUUACAAAAAUUAUUUUAUUGGUCGGAAAUCUCUCUAAAUUUGAUUUAAUAUAAUAACGAAAUGUUUCAUAUUAAUCAUCAUUUAACAUAGAAUCAGAAUGCAUGAUACAAAAGAUUUAAUAACAUCUUAGUAUUUCAUCCAAAGAAAGAUGGGGAGCCUUCCUGAAUAAAAUUAUGACUGCACUCGCGUUUUAUCAUUGCAUUUACGUAUCGUCUGCUUAUAAUAAUUGUGACUUUAUUUUCUUCGUGAUUUCAUUUUAAAUGAAAUCACGUCUCAUUGUGGACGUUGUAAAAAAAGUAACUAAAUCAUUAGAACAAUAUCGAGAAACAAGAAAAUUUAAAUAUAAUUAUGUUUGUAACGUCCCCCCUCUCAAGAACUAAUUACACGUGCAAUUAUCUAAUA